AGACAGUACACCGCUGCCUUCUUCAGUACACCAUUGACUCUUUUUUUUCGAGUCUCCUCUAGUGCAAUGUCCUCACAAAAGGCUAGCAAGGCGAAACUUGACCAUGUGAAUAGCAUUCUCUCCGAAUUGAAGGCUGACCUCGACGCUCCCAAGCUCUCUAUCCAACAGAGACAGCACCUGCUCGAGCAGCUCAAGGUCUACGGUCGCUCGGUCGACAACUCGGACCCGAUCUUCACACAAGAUGGCCUUCGCACACUUGGCCGCUGUGCAUUCGACGGUGAGACCACCCCAGCAUCGCAAGAGGCGCUUCGAUGUAUAGCCAAUGCCCUACUAUUGGUACCCAAGACGCGCCAGAUACUGGUUGACCUGGGACAUGGCCCACAUGCAGCCGACAAGCUGAAGGGCGACAGUGCUGAUGACGAGUUCCUCUCCUCGCGCGUCCUCUUCCUCAUGACCUACGACGCGAACCUGGACUACACGAAGCUCGUCCACGAAAACCAACUAGCAGACAGCAUCAACGCUGCAAUAAGAAGGCAUGCAAAGCGCUACUCGCGGUCAGCGCGGCAAUGGUCGCAGGAACACACCAAUCCAAUGGAGCUCAUGGCUCUCUCAGAGACGCUCAAGCUCCUCUUCAAUAUCACACAUUUCCAUCCCGAGCUCGCCGAGAUCUUCUCCAAGUCAAUACCAAACAUAUUCAAGAUUCUAGUUCGAAGAGGCAUUCCUAAGCCGCCGCUGACUGCGCCCAUCAACUACUUGAUCAACGCGCUGCUGAAUCUAGAUCUGGAAGAUACAAAGGGGCAACAACUCAAAUACCUAGGCCAGAACGCUGUUUUUCCCAGGUUUGAUCAGAAGUGCAACGCCGAGCACCUCAUUAGCAUUCUCGACCAAUCCAUCAUUUCUUACUCCGAGUCAGAACUUGACAACACAAUAGCGCCAGUCCUAACCCUCAUCCGCCGUAUCUAUGAGAUAGCACCAGCCAGCGUCCAAAAGGCCAUGGAGAAGCUCAUCCUUCCCACAAAUGAGGAACGAGACAAGCCUAUCGGAAAGUCCGAUACACUCUCCUCUCGCCUCCUCAACCUCUCUACAUCAGCCCUGACACCGAAUCUCCGCGGCUCAAUAUCGGCUAUGAUGUUUGAACUUUCCAGCAAGGAUGCAAGUACGUUCGUGCAGAACGUGGGCUACGGCUUUGCGUCUGGGUUCUUGAUGUCGAAUAACAUCGCCAUGCCGGAGGAGGUUAUACAGGCGAAUGCCACAAGCUCUAACCAGAGUAUACCCGUGAACCCUAUUACGGGUCAGAGAUUGGACAGAGAGGAUCCCGCCCAAGAAAAGCCGAUGACGCAGGAAGAAAAGGAGAGGGAAGCGGAGAGGUUGUUUGUGCUUUUUGAACGACUCAAAGCUACCGGUGUGGUAGACGUGAAGAACCCAGUUGAAGAAGCUUAUCAAUCAGGCCGUAUCGAAGAGCUACCUGAUGACUCGGACUAAGCUACAUACUCUCUGACAACUCUCCCCGUUUAUGUUUUUGCACCCAGCAUACGUACGGUAUUGGCGCGGGCGUUGUUUGGUUCUCAAGCGGGUAUGCAUUACAGGCAAAUUGACGGAGAUUAACGUAGUCGCCAGCAUACUUUACCUACAAUCUCUCGCCUUUUAAAUGAGUAGAUAUGAAACAACUCAUCAAGGAAUUGGAUGAUAUUGAAUUUCAUUUUCGUAAAGUAUGUAAAGAAUUGAGAUCAUACCCGCUCCCAAUUCUACUCAGCAGGGGAAGUCAGCAAAUGAAAACGCAGAAUCCGGUUCUAUCCCAUAAUGCCUCCUGAGUACCUUCCUGAACCCUUGUGCGCCAACUCCAAAAAAUUAAUGAUCCGCUCCAACGCCGUGGAAAUAUCACCGAAGACAGACUGACACCCCGGGAAGGAGGUAGGUAGAUAAGGG